UACCAUUGACCCUAUCAUUUCCACAAUUUUCUGUUAGCUUCUUCUCCAGUUCUGAAAACUGAAACCUUUCCUUCAUUCUCCACAAAAACAUGGAUCCAUCUUCUCUCUUCGGAAUCGCACAGUUCUUCAUCGACAAACUCGCUUCUCUUGCCGCCGAAGAACUUUCUCUAGCUCUCGGUGUCAAACAAGAUUUACUUGAGAUCCAAAACAAAGUCUCAUUCAUCAAAGCAGUGUUGCUGGACGCCGAGCAAAAGCAGAAGCAAAACAACGAGCUUGGCGAAUGGUUGAAACAGAUUAAGCGCAUCUUAUCAACCGCCGAAGACGUUAUUGACGAUUUCGAAUGCGAAGCACUAAGGAAACAAGUCGUCAACACCUCCGGCAGCGUCAGAAGGAAGGUAAGGCAUUUUGUUUCGAGUUCAAAUCCUCUUAUUUAUCGCGUUAAAAUGGCGCAUCGUAUCAAAGAUAUCAAAGAAAGAUUAGAUAAAGUUGCGGAAAUUAGAGAUAAGUUUGGCCUUCAAAUCAUUGACAGUGAUAACCGUGUUGUGCAAAGGCGCGAAACUCAUUCUGGUGUAAAUGAAUCUGAUGUGAUAGGAAGGGGAAAAGAUAAACAGAAAAUUGUAAAGCUAUUAUUGGAGGAUAGUUAUAGUGAAAAACUAUCUAUUGUUACUAUUGUGGGAAUUGGGGGUUUGGGGAAGACAACGCUUGCAAAAGCUGUGUUUAAUGAUAAGAGUGUAGUUGAAUUUUUUCCAUUGAAGAUGUGGAUAUGUGUGUCCAAUGAUUUUGAUUUUGAGAAUCUGGUUGUUAAGAUCAUCAAUUCUGUUCCUAGCCAAAAUCACCACGAGAAUGUUCGAAACCUUGGUUUGGAACAACUGCUAAAGAAAGUAAGGAAUGCGCUUGCUGGUCAAAAGUUCUUACUCGUGUUGGACGAUGUAUGGAAUGAGGAUCGUGUCAAAUGGGAAGAAUUGAAAGAUUUAAUUCAAAUUGGUGGUCAAGGAUGUAAAGUCAUAGUGACGACGCGGAGCCUAAAAGUUGCCGAGAUGAUGGGCACUCACUCGUCGUCUCUUGAUUUGCAAGGUCUUUCUCGAGAGGAUUCUUUGUCUGUGUUUUACAAAUGGGCUUUCAAAGAAGGAGAGGAAAAAAGACAUCCUGAAUUGAUGGAGAUUGGGAAAUGUAUUGUAGAUAAAUGCGGAGGAGUUCCGUUGGCGCUAAGAACAUUAGGGAGUUCACUUUUCUUAAAAGUUGAUGUACGAGAAUGGAUGUUUGUGCGGGACAAUGAGAUUUGGAACUUACCACAAAAAGAAGAUGACAUUUUGCAUGCUAUCAAGUUAAGUUAUGAUCAGUUACCUUCUUAUUUGAAGCGAUGCUUUGCUUGUUUCUCCCUCUUUGAGAAAGACUUCCAAUUCAACAGUUUUCAUACUAUUGUACUUUGGGAGGCACUUGGUUUUCUUCAAUCACCACAUAAGGGUGAAACAUUGAAAGAUAUUGGCAAUCAAUAUUUACAUGAAUUACAGUCAAGAUCUUUUCUUCAGGAUUUUAUUGACUAUGGCAGUGCUUACAAAUUCAAAUUGCACGAUUUAGUGCAUGAUCUUGCAUUGUAUGUUUCAAGAGACGAGUUUCAAUUGUUGAGCUCCUCUAGUGAAAACAUAUCUGAGAAUGCCUUACAUUUGUCGUAUACUAAAAGUCAUUUGCUUGGAAAAACCGACUUUCCCCUAGGUUUGAGAACCAUACUUUUUCCUGUUGGAGUCAACAAUGAAGCUUUCUUGAAUACUUUGGUGUCAAGAUGCAAAUACUUGCGGGUUUUGCAAAUAAAUAAUUCUGGAUAUGAGAGUUUGCCUCACUCCAUUGGUAAGUUAAAACACUUACGAUAUCUCAAUCUUGAAGAUAAUGAAGAACUCAAGAGUCUCCCUGAUUCGGUGUGCAAACUCCAAAAUUUAAUAAAUUUGAAUCUCAGUGGAUGCAUAGAGCUACAAGAAUUGCCCAAUGGAAUAGGAAACCUAAUCAGCCUUCAACAACUACACAUAACCACAAGGCAAUCUAAAUUUCCAGACAAAGAGAUUGCAAAGUUGACUUCCCUGGAGAUAUUAACUCUUGUUUCUUGUGACAAAUUGAAGUCAUUGUUUGAAGGAAUAGAGCUCCCUAGUCUUAAAUAUUUGGAUAUUGGUUCUUGUCGGAGUCUGAGAUAUGUGCCUCUUCAUGUUAUUCCAAACUUAGAGAGUUUGUCUAUUGAUGGCUGCAAUAAGUUGAAAUUGUCAAUGGGCCAUGAUGACAACCAAAUUGCCAAGUUGAGGUUAAAGUUAUUGUAUCUCGAAUCUUUGCCCCAGCUGGCGACUUUUCCUCAGUGGUUGCGAGGUUGUGCGGAAACAUUACAGUCCUUGGUAAUUGUUGAUUGUGACAAUCUUGAUGAGCUUCCUAUGUGGUUGUCAACUCUGUUUUGUCUCAAAACACUUUCAAUUGAAAAUUGUCCAGGACUGCUUUCACUCCCGGAUGAUGUCCAUCACCUGGCAAACCUUGAAUAUUUGAAAAUGAAAGGAUGUCCUGGAUUAUGCAGAAGAUAUCAGCCCAAAGUUGGACAGGAUUGGCCCAAGAUAUCACAUAUCAAACAAGUUAUCAUUGAAUCACUAGAACUAGAAAAUUAAAUGGAAUGCAUUGGUGUCAAGUCAAUAUUUUAAGGUAUUAAUUUUCUCUUGUUUAAAAGGCUAUCAAUUAUUGUCUAGAAGGCUAUCAUCUUCAACAGCAAAGGAAGUGAUUUUCUUCUUUAUAUGUUAUUUUUUUAAUAAAUUCAUCUAUAUUCUUAUUCUCAAUAUCAAUUGGUGCUCUUCAUUUUUUGUUCUA